UCUUCACUUUCAACAUGAAACAAGUAGUUUUAGCUUUGGCUCUUCUUGGCUUUGCCGCCUGUGCUCGUCUCGACAGCAAGUAUCUUCCUCCUCAUCAAGGUGGUGCUUCCGGUUCCGGGCAAUUUAGGGGCUCAGGAGCAUCGAGUGCGUCCGGUCGAUAUUCCGGUGCUUCAUCCGGUCAAUAUUCCGGUGGUUCUUCCGGUCAAUAUUCCGGUGGUUCUUCCGGUCAAUAUUCCGGUGGUUCUUCCGGUGGUUCUUCCGGUCAAUACUCAGGCGACGCCUCUGGCAGAUACUCCGGCGGUUCUUCGGGUCAAUAUUCUGGAUCGUCCGGUGGUGCUUCCGCUGGACCCCAAGUCCCAAUUCUUCGCUUGGAAAACAACGUUAACGGAGACGGAAGCUAUAACUUUGCCUACGAAACUGGAGAUGGCAUCCAAGCUCAAGAAGAAGGUUAUUUGAAGAACGCCGGUUCCCAGGAUGAGGCCCAGACUGCACAAGGUUCCUUUUCUUACACCGCUCCUGAUGGUCAACAAAUUGCCGUUUCCUACACUGCCGACGAAAACGGUUUCCAACCUCAAGGCGAUCACUUGCCCACUCCUCCUCCAAUCCCUGAUGCUAUCCUGAGAUCUUUGGAAUUUAACCAAGCCGAAGAAGCUCGUGGUGGAUACCAAGGAGAUAAUGGUCAAUACAGAGAACAGCCUCAGCAGCAAUACGGAGCUUCUAACGCUGGUCAGCAACAGCCAUUUGGUGGCCGUGCUGCUGCUCCCCAGGGUCAAUUUGGCGGGAACGCCGCGGCACCUCAACCCCAAUUCGGCAGUCGUCCAGCUGCCCCUCAACAACCUUUCGGAGGUCGCACUGCAGCUCCUCAGCAGCAGUUCGGAGGUCCUGCCGCUGCCCCAAAACAACAGUAUCGUGGUUCAACUGGAACUCAGCAAGCCGGUAAUGGUGGUUACCGAUACUAGCUGGUUUAAAGCUGCGAUAAUAAAUGCCAAUAUGCCAAG